UUAGAUCUCGAGUUUUUCGGUUCCAGUUCUGGUAUUGCCCGAUGAUCCAAGAGGCCUAGGCCCCAUCAUAAUCCAAUUCAACUGCCUAGUGGACUCUUUGAUUCUGAGACCCGCGAAGCCAGAGGAGUGAAAAAUCAGUAAAGGAAGAUGUUGUUCUAUUCUUUUUUCAAAUCUAUAAUUGGAAAAGAAGUCAUAGUGGAGCUGAAAAAUGACCUGAGUAUCUGUGGCACUAUGGAUUCUGUUGACCAGUACUUGAACAUUAAACUAACAGAUAUCAGUGUAACUGAUCCAGAAAGAUAUCCACACAUGUUAUCUGUGAAGAACUGUUUCAUUCGAGGGUCAGUCGUACGGUAUGUGCAAUUACCUUCAGAUGAAGUAGAUGUGACUCUUCUGCAAGAUGCUGCCAGAAAAGAAGCCAUGCAGGGAAAGCAAAAAGAAUAAGGUCUCUCCUUUGAUUGACAAGCAAUAUUCGAAAGGUUGGAACACUCUUGCUACACUGGGCAAGAUUGGCACCUGGAAUCUCUAUGAAAAGCAGAAGGACAUAUAAGCAAUACAUAUGCACAUCUCAUUGGUCAAUUGUGUAUCUUUGUGUUUAACAUCGAGGGUAUUUUAUUAGUAUCUUGUUUAAGAUACAUCUCUAAUGUAAUAGGUAACAAAUGUGAAGAUUAUCUAUUAUUUGUUAUCUCUGCAGUGGGA